AUGGACAUCCAGAAAUCCCCACCCGACAUACCUUUUCCGGAUACUAGGGUUGCCGAGGCGGCAGCUACACUACCCAUGCAGGUCAAAGAGAGCGCGCUACACAAAACAUUCUCCUUCGAGGAACAUACCUGCUCGCUUGCAGUCAGAGUGUCUCCCCAGCUUGUCUACCAUCGACCGACCAGCUCGGGUUUUCUCAAGACAAACGCAGAUAUCGGUUUCGUCAGACGGGAGCGAGAGCGUAGUGCGACGUUAUAUACGUACAAGCCGCUUCCUGCGCCUCCGCUUGUGGUAGAAGAAGUUAACUUCGUCUGCACAAUCAGUUUCUGCGAGGGCGUCACGAUCGAUGCGAACACGGACUUACUGGCUUCCGACCACACGUUACUGGAGCGAAAGACUAUCAUCAGUUUUGCAACGGACACGGACUACAUUUCGGCCAUGGGCGUGAUCGAACCUGAAGCUGCUCGUAUUCUCAAUCCUGCGCCCGCGAAGUCCAAGUCACCGAUUGAGAAGCCGGAGCACUCAGCGGUCGAUAUCAGGACGCUCUGGCGACAUGAGUGCCUCUUUCACGCUGGCGGUAGGGGAGAGCUGGGCAAAGGUGUCUCGCUCGAUGCUGAGAAUUGGGGAAAUGCUAUGAUCAUGCUUGGCAACGGGAGGUGGGAGGUCAAGGUGGUGUACUUCAAGAAGGAGGUGGAGACCAAAGGUCGUGGAGCCAAAGGCGCGAAUUUUUGCUUCGGGGCUAACAAAUCACCGACUGCUUAUGUCGAGCUUGUUCAUACACUUACACCUCAGCGAAAACAUCACAUCGAAGAAGCUCUCAAUUCGCAUGAACGACUACCACCCAUAGCUAUGAUGGAAGAAGAUCCUGCUCCAGCCUACAGCAUAAAGGCUGCUUCGACCGACGACAAAAGCGUCUCACUUGGCAAUCACCUCGUCGAGAACAUGACCAGAGCGUCGUCAAGCGAAAACACCACCUCCCACAUCAUCCAUUUCGUCCACUGCAAGCCAGGUAGUCGCCAUGGGUGUCCCGCCAAUGGGGCUUGGACAGGUCGCCAGAUCCACGAUGUCAGCGACGCCGUCACGAUCUCGGAGGACAUCACCUUCACCGCUUUGAACACUAUGCUCGUUCAGAAGGUCACUUGCCACUUCAACAUCAAGGCGGAUGUCAAAGACAUGAAAGGUGCAAUUACGCUUACCUCUGGGGAGCGGUUGGUGCAGGUCCGCGACCAGGAAAGCUUCGAUGCGGCACGCAAGGUUUUUGGUAUGGGUGAAGGGCAAGAUGUCGAGAUUACAUUGACAUUCGCUGUUGCACCAGCACGCAAGAGGUGUGAGGUUAUGUGA